AUGUUGGACCUUGACAAUUGUGAUAGGCCCUUUCUUUAUUGUAUCCCAGAUGAGUUACUUAUCCGAAGUUGUUCCACAGCAUCUAAAUCACUUGUCUGCUUUAAGUCCCUCAAAGCACUGUCUUUGAAAAGUGUUGGUGUGAGUAAUGGAGCUAUCGAGCUCUUGUUAGAUAACUGCCCGCUGCUCGAACAAUUGACUGUCCACCGCUUAGUGAAAAUAUCAAAGCUUGAAAUUUGUGGUUCAUCCCUCAUGUUAAAAGACGUGGAGAUAUACAAUUGCCAUAGUUUGGAAUCAAUUAAAGUUUCGUUGCCAAGGCUUACUGCACUUACUCUUUCGCAUGUAAAGGGACUUUUGCUUGAGAAUGUUUCGAUGCUAGUUAAUGUUUCCGUCUGGAGUCACGACGACAACAUUUCAAUGGAGAAUUUAUUCGAUGCGCUGUCUUGCUGCAUUUCUCAACUCGAGACUCUCAAAUUGGAUCUGUUCAACCCAGAUUGUAGUAGACGAGAAAAGGAUGAGCUGUGCACGCUUCCUCAAAUGCCUAAACUGAAGAAGUUGGUCGUUAAAUAUAUUGCAAGAGGUGAUGAAAGUCUUGUUAGACUGGCUGCUUUGCUAAUGUUAUCUCCUUACUUGGAGGAAUUUGUUUUUAAGUUUAAUUGGUUUGAACUUCCGAGAGAAGAUAGAGGAGUGAAGGAUGCAGUAACGAUUCCCUACCAUCACCUUAAAGUUUUCAAGAGUUUUGUGGCUAUUAUGGUAGUACUAAUGAUGUUGAAUUAG